UCGACCAAAACAGCUUCAAGACAAAGAAAACAGAAUCAAUAACUUGUCCUUGAUAUAUAUAUUAAGCCAAAAAUGUGUUCAUUAAUCCCUUCUCCAUUGUUCCAAAACUUCGGCUGGCCGUCGAGGGGAAAAUACGAAAGCUAUUACGGUGCCGGAGAGAACAUCAAUAACGGUCCAUUUCUUGAUUUUCCGGUACCUCAGACUUAUGGAGUGACUCAUCAUCAUCAGAACAGCCUGCAGGGAGUAUCCGUUUCAUCAGAAGGAAAUAAGAUAGACAACAAUCAGGUCGUGGUCAAGAAGCUAAAUCACAAUGCUAGUGAACGUGACCGUCGCAAGAAGAUCAACUCUUUGUUCUCAACUCUCCGUUCAUGUCUUCCAGCCUCAAAUCAUUCGAAGAAGCUAAGUAUCCCUGAAACGAUAUCUAGGAGCUUGAAGUACAUACCGGAGCUGCAACAGCAAGUGAAGAACCUAAUACAAAAAAAGGAAGAGCUUUUGGUACGAGUAUCGGGUCAAAGAGACUUCAAACAUUACGAUAAGCAGCAACAAAAGGCGAUCGCGAGUUAUCUCUCAACGGUUUCCGCGACUAGGCUUGGAGAAAGUGAAGUGAUGGUCCAAAUCUCAUCGUCAAAGAUUCAUAACUUUUCGAUAUCUAAUGUUUUGAGUGGUUUAGAAGAAGAUGGAUUUGCUCUUGUGGAUGUUUCAUCUUCAAGAUCUCACGGAGAGAGGCUCUUCUACACUUUGCAUCUUCAAAUGGAGAAUAUGGAUGAUUAUUACAAGAUUAACUGUGAAGAGUUAAGCGAAAGGAUGCUGUACUUGUACGAGAAAUAUGAAAAGUCGCUAGAUUAAUGAGGUGAUUAAUUCAUAUUGUGUAUUUUUAAUCCAUUUGUUCUUGUUUCUUUUUUAG